AUGCCUUCCCGGAAGGAAACACAGAGAGAUGGGAGCCCUUGUGAGGAUGGAGACUCCGAGGACAUCGUGACGGCGCUUGGCUCCGUGCCGGUGACUGUCCAGCGACGGCCCUUUAUACAGCCCGAAGAUGACGAAAAGCUUGCACAGGCCGGAACGGCUAGAGCCAACAUUGCCGCUUCGCACGAGCAUCCCGACGGCACGGCCGUGGACGGCUGGAGCGAGCACCACAAGCACCAAACGGUCCUACAGCAGCAUUGCGAGUUCUUCGACCGGGACAGGGACGGAGUCAUCUGGCCCGUGGAUACCUACGUCGGCUUCCGCAGACUCGGCUUCAACGUCAUAUUCUCCGCGCUUUCCGCCUUCAUCAUCCACCUCAACCUUUCCUACGCGACGGUGGAAAGGCUCCUCCCAGACCCCCUUCUCCGCAUCUACCUGGCGCGCAUCCACAAGGCCAAGCACGGCAGCGACAGCGACGCGUACGACACCGAGGGCCGCUUCAGCCCGCAAAAGUUCGAGGACAUCUUCGCCAAGAACGCGGCCGAGAAGGAGAGCCUGACGGCCGGGGAGGUGAGGAGGAUGCUGAGCGGGCAGCGGCUGGUGUCGGAUCCGGUUGGAUGGGGCGCUGCAGCAUUCGAAUGGACUGCCUUGUAUCUCAUGCUCUGGCCGGCGGGCGGACGGCUGAGGAAGGAAGACGUCCGGCGGUUGUAUGAUGGCAGUCUGUUUUAUCAGAUCGCCGCAGAGCGGGAGAAGGAUUCGUCGUCGUGA